AUGUCUACCAAAAGUACCACAAGUAUGGAGAAGGAGCCGAGAACCGACGCAUCGCCACCAAAGAGCGAGGAAGAUGCAUAUCUCACCGGCCUCACCCUGCUAAGUGUGCUUGUUGGAAUAGUACUCGUUGUCUUCUUGUUGAUGCUGGAUACAUCUAUCGUGGCCACGGCUAUCCCACGAAUCACCACCAGAUUUCACUCUCUUGAAGAUGUUGGCUGGUACGGCAGUGCAUACCUGCUCGCCAAUUGCGCUCUGCAGCCCCUUGCUGGCAAAAUCUACAAGGAGUUUAGCUACAAGUGGACCUUCCUUUGGUUCUUCGCCGUCUUCGAACUCGGAUCCCUUCUGUGUGGUGUCGCUACCUCUUCGAACAUGUUCAUCAUCGGAAGAGCAGUAGCUGGACUGGGUGGUGCUGGCUUGAUGAAUGGCGCCCUCUCGAUCAUUGCGGCUUCUGUACCCCUUGAGAAGAGACCCCUUUACAUGGGCUUCAUGAUGGCUUUCAGUCAGCUCGGCAUACUGUUUGGUCCCCUGAUUGGCGGUGCUCUCACCGAAUACGCAAGCUGGAGAUGGUGUUUCUAUAUCAACCUUCCUGUUGGCGCUGUUGUCGCAGUCGUUCUCUUCUUCACUCCUGUUCCAGCUGGACCCGAANAAACAGAGGCUAAAACAUUCAACUUUGGCGACUUCCUUCGCGGCCUUGACCUUGUCGGCUUCGCUCUCUUCGCACCCGCUAUUAUCCAACUCCUACUCGCGCUCCAAUGGGGCGGCACCACAUACCCCUGGAACAGCUCAACCGUCAUUGGUCUCUUCUGUGGCGGUGCGGCAACUGCUCUUGUGUUCUUGACCUGGGAGUAUUUCAAAGGCGACGAUGCUAUGGUACCCUUCUCCAUGGUUCGAAGACGCAUUUUCUGGUCCAGCUGCCUGACCGUCUUCUUCACCUUUGCAUCUAUGCUCAUCGUAAACUUCUUUUUGCCUCAGUAUUUUCAAGCUGUACGCGGCGCCUCGCCAACGAUGAGUGGUGUCGACAUGUUGCCUAGCAUAAUCAGUCAAAUGAUCUUCGCAAUCGUUUCUGGAGUCUUGGUCAGAAAGGUUGGAUACUUCCUUCCCUUUUCGAUCGCAUGCGGCAUUCUUACCGCCAUUUCAACCGGUCUCCUGGGCACGCUCGGACCUCAUACUUCCAUGGGCAAAUGGAUUGGGUACCAGAUUCUUGGUGGCGCUGGACGUGGCUGUGGUAUCCAAAUGCCCAUCAUCGCCAUCCAAAACUUGCUGCCCAAGUCACAGGCGUCUGUCGCCAUGUCACUACUCAUCUUCUCGCAGACAUUCGGUGGAGCUCUCUUCCUUGCUCUCGCACAAACCGUCUUCAACACUGGUCUCUCCUCGGCACUUGAACGGUAUGCGCCAGAGGUCGCUACAGAGACCAUCCUUGCGGCUGGUGCUACAGGAGUCAAAGAUGCCGUUUCUGCUGCUGUGCUGCCUCAGGUAUUGCAGGCAUACAGCGUAGCCAUCAACCAUGUGUUCUACCUCGGCGCUGGUGCAGCCGCAGCAGCUACAAUUGCUUGCUUGGGUAUGGGUAUGCAUAGCAUCAAGAAGGCCAAGGUCGAGGCAGUUGUCGCUGUGCCCGAGAAAGAAGUCGUUUGA